AUGACUGGUGUACAACCGAAAUACUGGCCUCAUAUUGGAGGAAACGCCAGAAGACGGAGGAUCAGUGAGGCUGGGGACAUCCUCUUUAGAAUAAACCUGAUGAACAGGACAUUAGAAGAGGGAAGAGUCAGCGAUAAUUUCGCGUAUUGCCGAGGUAGACUUGGCGAUUCAACGAAUACAUCAAAAAGAAGACGUUCGGACCCAGGACAACUGUUCAACAACAGGAAGAGACAUCGCCAAGGAGCGGCUCAUGAGGGACAAAGAGAAGUCAAGAAAAUGCGAUUGCAGUGA